AUGUCAUUCGCGAGACGCGACCUUCUCCAGCGUCACUAUACGGUUCAUGGACGGGAUCAAAAUCAGGACCCUAUACCAGCAGCCAAUGGCAUGAUCCCUAAGUCCGCUGGCCGGACACCGAUUGCUUGCAGCAACUGUGCCAAGACCAAGACGAAGUGUGAUAAGAAGUUCCCAUGUUCGAGGUGCGCUGGACGAAACUUGAGAUGUACGCUACGGCCGACCCGACGAUCGACGAAAAAUGCCCAGCGCAUGGGUGUCCCUCCAGAAGGCGCAGUAGCGAUCCCGCCGUAUACCGAUCAGUUGGGACCUCAAGGUGUUAUGGGAGAACAGGCUCCGACCACUAGUCCACCCCAGCAACAGCAAAUCCUCAAACCAGCAAGUCCAAAGGAAGGAAUGGCCACUAUCUCCAAAGACGACAUGCCUCCUCCUCUCAACCUCCCUGUCGUCGACGGUCCACCUCCUCAAGUCUUUGAGCAUCCGACGAGUGGGCCGACACCAGUGUUAAACGACAUGUCUCCACCUAUGCAGACGCCAAGUGCUUUCGUGCACCAGACGCCAGUCGCGUCCUUCGAUCUGAGAGAAGAGUCGGAACAAUCGAGUCCUCGGUUCAUGUUGGAUUGGAGUCAGAUGCACAUGCCGAUAGCGUUCGACGGCAUGGUCCAGCCUAGCAUGAUUAUGCAACAAGGCAUGCCAUAUGAGACCGGUGUCAUUCCGGUCGGUGCGAACGGAGAGCCUUUGCUACCCAUUAUGUCAGAUGGCACCGGGCCACUGAUCACACCCAUCGAAAGUCCGAAGCUUGAUCGAAGUUUCCACGACUUGAAGGUGGGUAGCUCCGCAACCUCAUACCAUCCGCAACGAAGCAUGUCGGUUGUGUCCACACCAGAGCGAUUUGAGGAGGUAUCCGCGAUCGUCGCAGCUCAGGAUGCCUGGACUGCCUUCCGAUGUACGCCGACCAUCCCUUCCGCAUCUUGUCCAAAGACUGCCCGAUUGAAUCUGGAGCUACUCGAGUCAACACUACGCAACCAUGAAGGAUGGAGUACCUGGAGUCCACAGUGGGAGGAGGCCGAUUUCGCGGGUGCCGACCAUUUGACGGUCAUGCAGCUGCACGAAAGCACACGGGACAAACUUCUGGCGAUUACCCAGAGCUUCUUGCAUAAGGCAUUGGAGACUCACCGGGAUACCAGCUCUCGCCAUACACCACCCGACAGUCACUCGCCUGGCUCUCACAGUGCGACAAACUUUGUACUCCUGCCUCCUGCUCGGGUCCUCGAAUUCUUCCUCCGGUCGUACACUAAUAGCUUCGAGCGAUAUUAUCCGUUGACGUCUCGCGGUAUUCUAGAUGCGAAUGAGCUUAUGCAUUGCUACAAUGACCGAGCGGCGAGCCUUCUGGUGCUCAUGAUGAUGGCACAAGGAGCAAUGAACAUUCCGUCGAAGGAGGCUAGAUUGCUGACCGGUGGCCUGAACGAAGCUUGUCGGAUCUCUCUUUUCGACCUGAUCGAGCGCAAUGUAAUCAUGUCUGGUGACGCAAUCGUCAUGCACUCGGCACUUCUCUUCAUUGUUCAGGCGGCCUGGAGUGGGGAUAAAUGGCAGAUGGACAUUGCUAUGGGCCAGCGUGGGAUGUAUUUCGCCAUGCUUCGACACUCGGGCAGCCUCGAUUAUCGUUCGCAACAGCAACAGCAAGCUCCAGAACAGCGGCCGAAUACUGAUCAGCUUUGGAGUGACUGGAUUCACAACGAAAGUAAGAGUCGGCUAGUCUACUCGUGGGUCAUGGUCGAUCAGGACAUCUCGCUUUUCCACGACACGCAACCACUCUUCUCGGUGACAGAAUUUGCCGCACCUCUGCCGGACGCAGAUCGCCUAUGGCAUGCUAAGAGUGCAGGCGAAUGGUCCGCAAUCUUCGAGCAGGUACACGAAUUCUCUGGUGGCUACUCAUCCGUUGGCUCCGGCGCUCGUCCUUUGUCUCUACGAGAUCUGUUCAGACACUUCCUCGACGACGAGAUGGUCUCGAUGGGCAUUGAGAUGACUCCUCUCCAAAUGAGGCUGCUGCUGCAUCCUCUGCAAUCGUUGGUCUGCCAGUACAGUCAGCUUCUCAGCUGCUUUUCAGAUUCUGCAUCGAAGCGAAGCGCCAGCCCACGGUCCAUGACAGCGUCCUCAACCCGCACACGCCUUGAAGAGGUACAAUCGCUCCUCGGGCGAUGGUUUGAUCUUGCAGAGCGCUACCUCAAGGCCAAUCCGGUGUGUCCAAUGAUGCAGACGAAUCUGGUCAUCUUCCAUCUGAUCAGCCUGAAUGCUGUGACAAACCUUCCAGAGAUUGAGCGACUCGCACGUCGGGAAAAUAUCGAUGGGACGUACCAGCAGCUUGUAUGGAUGCAUAAGCGUUGCAUCGCUGACGUCGAGGAGGCUGUAUUCCACUGCGGCCAAGUCUUCCGGCUCAUUCGAUCAAUGCCUCGGGGGAUUCGGCCGCCUUGGUGGGCGGCAGCCAUCUAUCGUGUUGGCCUGAUCCUGUGGACGGAUAGCUUGCUGCGAAAAGACAAUCUCACGCCAAACAGUAAUGGCAUCUUCCCGGUCGCCGGCCCGACCUUCGCCAUCGAUGCGCUACCGGCGGAUCAUCCAUUGAUCGUUCGCUACUUGACCAAGCGCGAAGGUGUGCCGUGCGUGAGCAAGCAUGACGGCUCACAGAUGCCUAUCGACCAGGCAUACCCCAUGCUUCAGCAUUGUAUCGAAGUCAUUGACGAAGGCGCCGCGUCUCGGUUCUCUGACGGCAUUCGGAACAAGCUGGACAGACUGAGCAGAGGCUAA